CACUACAAGCUGGAGGCUGAGAUAGCCUCUAUGACGUGGCGUGUCAACUACCGAGACAUAGUGAGGGUCCCCCCAGGCAAACUACGUGGUAGUGUUUACAGCCUGGUGCGACGCAGCAGUCAGUGUACAGCAUUCUCGGAGGAUGCAAUGAGCGUAUGUGACAUGGGGCGACAGGUGUUUGUGCCGACUGCUUUCUACAAGGGAAACAAAGUUGCGAUAAAAAGCAUCAAGAAAGCUCGCAUCGAGCUGACAAGACCUCUACUUCUAGAACUAAAAAGACUCAAGGACCUCCACCACGAUCACCUGGUCAGGUUCUACGGCGCGUGUAUAGACCAGCCGGACAUCUGCUUCCUGUUGACCGAGUACUGCCCCAAGGGCUCGCUGCAGGAUAUCCUAGAGAACGACCAGUUCAAACUCGACUGGAUGUUCAGAUACAGUCUCAUGCAUGACAUAGUCAAGGGCAUGAGCUACAUACACGCGAGCGAGAUAAAGUCCCACGGUUCGCUCAAGUCGUCCAACUGCGUGGUGGACAGUAGGUUCGUGCUCAAGAUAGCAGACUUCGGCCUGAGGUCACUGCGACAGAGCGAAGACUCCUGUAGUGGAAGUGACUCCUACGCCUCCUGGAGAAAGCUGCUAUGGACAGCACCGGAGUUACUGAGGAUGAGGCACCCCCCGGCUGAGGGGACGCAAAGGGGAGACGUUUACUCCUUCGCUAUCAUCGUCCACGAGAUCGUCACCAGACAGGGGCCUUUCUACCUCGGUGAUCAGAAUCUCGGUCCUAAAGAGAUCGUGGAAGGGGUGCGGAAUGGGUCCAAGUGCCUCCGACCGACGACUGAACUGCCCUGUGAGGAGGAGGUGACCAGCCUCAUGAGGAGAUGUUGGGCAGAGGACCCAGCUGACCGUCCAGACUUCACCACCCUCAAGGCGACCAUCAGGAGGCUUAACAAGGACAAUGAAAGUAACAAUAUACUUGACAACCUGUUGACGCGUAUGGAGCAGUAUGCCAACAACCUGGAGGCCCUGGUAGAGGAGCGCACAGCUGAUUACCUGGAGGAGAAGCGCAAGUGCGAGGAGCUCUUGUAUCAACUGCUGCCCAAGUCUGUGGCUAGUCAGCUCAUCAUGGGUUAGAGUGUGGUUGCUGAGACUUACGACAAUGUAACCAUAUACUUCAGUGACAUCGUAGGGUUCACAAAACUAAG